AUGUAUGCAUUAAUUACAUUUAUCAUUAUUUUUGCUCUUAUCGCUUAUUUCAUUUAUGUUAGAAAUAAAAUACCAAAAGGACUUGAAGGCAUACCAUUUAUUUCUAUGUUGCCUACAAUAUUGGCGUUAUUACAACAAAAGCAUCAUGAUGAAAUUCAAGAUACAAUUGCAGAGUCUUCAAGAGGUUAUGAUCUUUAUUUGAGUCGCUUUAUAAAUCGAACAGCCCUAACCAUCAAUAAUCCUUUGUACCUUAAAAAUUUCUUUACAAAAAUAGAGAAUGAUGAUCCUCCAAAACUUAAUAUGGAUUACAGAAAAAUCGUAGGAGAAUUUUUCGGAGAUGGUUUAAUAUUUUCGAAUGGUGACAAAUGGAGAACUUUUAGAAAAUUAGCCAAUCCAGCUUUCAAUAAAGCCUUGUCCCCAGAUAUAGUUGGGAAAAUUACGUUUGAACUUUUUAAUUUCAUGCAACAAGAUUUAA